AUGACUACAAUCGUGUUCAUCACCGGCGCCAACACGGGAAUCGGCUUCGAAACCGUCAAGGCCCUAGCCGCUUCUCACCAACCAUACACCAUCAUUCUUGGAAGCCGGUCUCUAGAGAAGGCCAAAACCGCCAUCUCCACAGCCAAAAGGCAGUUUCCCGACUCGAAAAGCAACUUUGUUCCUAUCCAAGUAGACAUCGAGCACGACGGUUCAAUCAACCGCGCCUUCUCAGACGUGCAAUCCAAAUACGGCCGAAUAGACGUGCUCAUUAACAACGCAGGCGCCCAAUUCGACCAACAAACAUCAACAGGCCAAAUGAGCGCGCGCGAGAUGUGGAACCAAACCUGGAACGUCAACACAACCGGCACCCAGAUCCUCACAACCGCCUUCGCACCCCUGCUCCUGCAAAGCGCCAACCCACGCCUGCUCUUCAUCACAUCCGGCACAUCCACGCUAGCCGGAACAGAGAACCAGGCGAUACCGGUUAACCGCGUUCCCGCCAAGGGCUGGCCCAAAUCUGGAUUCAAUCUUCCGGCGUACCGGAGUGCGAAGACGGGGCUGAAUAUGCUGAUGCGGGAGUGGCAUCGCUGGCUGAAGGAGGAUGGGGUUAAGGUCUGGGCGAUUUCGCCGGGUUUCUUGGCGACGGGGCUUGGUGGGGAUCCUGAGGCGUUCCGUAAGAUGGGCGCGGGGGAUCCGGCGGUGGCGGGGCCGUUUAUUAGGAGUGUUGUUGAGGGGGAGAGGGAUGGGGAUGUUGGGAGGGUUGUUAGUCGGGAUGGGGUGCAGGAUUGGUGA